AUGUACAACUCACAGUCGAAUAAUCUUGCUGAGAUUGUCUACGUAUCACUGGGUCUUGGGGCAGUGGUAGCAUGGUGUUUAUAUACCAUAUUCACCAGUGAAAGUUUCAAAAAAAUAAAACUACUGCUUUACCUUUUGUUAUUAGCACUUUUCCAUUAUAAUGAAUUUAUCAGUACGGCUAAAUAUAACGGUAACAAAGUAACCUCAAGGCUGUUCCUAGUGUAUGGACAAGGGGGUAGUAAAGAGUACUGGGCUAUCCAGAGCAUGAACAUGAUAGAAUUCUACCUGAAGCUCAAUGUUGAAUCCAAUUGGUUCAUUUUGGGAGUAAUACUAGCGGUAUUAGGUAUUUUAUUAAGACACUUAUCGAUCAAAACCUGCGGAGCUAGUUUUAAUCAUUAUAUUGAAACAGAGAAACAAAAUAAAUUAGUGACCCAUGGGGUCUAUGGACUCAGUCGACACCCAAGCUAUUUAGGUUUUUGGAUCUUUGUCAAUGGAAUUCAAAUAUUGCUAGGAAAUAUGCUAAGUAUGAUAAUCUGUUUAAUCGUAAUGAAUUUUUUUUUCAAAAAAAGGAUAAGAUUUGAAGAAUGGUUUUUAGUUAAAUUUCAUGGAGAUGAUUAUUUAAAGUAUAAACAAAGGGUCAGAGUAUUAAUACCAUUGAUUUAA